AUGGCCAUUCCCCUUGGGGGCGCUAAAACAGGACAGCCCCGUGCCCCCCCGCCGCCACCGCCGGGACUCCCGGGCCAGCCCUCGCUUCUUUAUGUGGCGCCAGGCACUCCUAGAACUUCUAACACCACCGUGGUGGACGAGUUGGAGUCGUCUUUCGAGGCUUGCUUCGCUUCACUGGUGAGUCAGGACUAUGUCAAUGGCACCGAUCAGGAGGAAAUUCGGACGGGUGUUGAUCAGUGUAUCCAGAAGUUUCUGGAUAUUGCAAGACAGACAGAAUGUUUUUUUCUUAAAGAAAAGAAAAGGUUGCAGCUGUCUGUGCAGAAACCGGAGCAGGCUAUCAAAGAGGACGCGUGGGAGCUGAGGAACGAGCUGCAGCACAAGGACGCACUGGUGCAGAAGCAACUGGCCGAGCUUCGGCCCUGGCAGCAGGUGCCGCCGGCCCGCAGGGCUCACUGGCCUACCUGGACCUACCUGGAGCAGGCGUCCGCCAACGUCCCCGCGCCUCUGAAGCCGAGCUGAGCGGCACAGAGCCCAGCCUGGCGUGUGUGUGUGUGUGUGUGUGUGUGUGUGUGUGUGUGUAUGUAUGUAUGUAUGUAUGUAUGUAUGUAUGUAUGUGUGCGCGCAUGCGUGGUGGCCACAGGACUGCUUGGUCCCGCGGUGUGGCGCCACCUUGGACGGCCUCUAGAGAAUCAGGCAGUUCCCACUUUAAAACUUCCCCCUAUUUUCAAAAGCUAAUUUUUUGAGCAUUUCAUACAAUACUUAACACUUUUCGAAAACCAAGUAAAUGUUUACCUCU